CACCAUGACAUCUACCGAGGAUAAUGACCUUUACACAGGCUGCAAAGCCUACGUCGAGGGUGUUAGUACUUCGUACGGAUACAUCCCCUCUGAAGGCGCAGGAAUUGCGUUCUGUGUCCUCUUCGCCUUAUCCAUGAUCGUCCACAUUAUCCAAUUCUGCUGGAAGCGAACAUGGUGGUGCAGCCUAUUCAGCAUUGGAUGCAUGGUGGAAGUCCUCGGUUGGGCCGGGCGGACGUGGGCCUCCCAAUGUCCCUACAAUUCCACCGCAUUCAUGAUCCAGAUCUCGACCCUGAUCAUCGCACCAACCUUCUUCACCGCCGCAAUCUACGUCCUGCUCGGUCGCCUCAUCCAACUCUUCGGUCGCGAAUCCUCAAUCCUGUCCCCGAAACUAUACCUCUGGAUCUUCUGCACCUGCGACGUCAUCUCGCUUGUGGUCCAGGCCGUAGGCGGCGCACUGGCCUCGACGGAAUCCAACGAAGUCAACGGCGACACUGCCCCGGGCACUAACACCAUGGUCGCCGGUAUCGUGUUCCAGCUGGUCUCCGUCACGGUCUUUGUCUUCUGUGCGGUGGACUUCUUCCGCCGCUCCCUGCGUCUCGGGUACUUGCAGGGUCUCCUCCACGGCCCGCUCGCCUACCUCGUGGGCGCCAUGGUGCUCUCCGUGGUAUGCAUCUAUAUCCGGAGUAUCUAUCGGACAAUCGAGCUGGCGCAGGGCUGGACCGGAUACUUGAUCACGCAUGAGUCUUACUUCAUUGGGCUGGACGGUGUGAUGAUGGUUAUUGCGGUCGGGGUUUUCAAUGUGUUCCAUCCCGGGUGGCUGCUCCCGGCGGAUCAUGUGCUCGCCAAGAACCAGGCCUGUCUGGAGUCUGGGGAGAUCGAGACGCACCAGUUGCAAGCAACGACGGAGUACACGGGGUAUGGGCAUCAGUGAGCGG